AUUUUUUUAAUUUUAAUUUUAAUUUCUAAUGAAUUCUGAUGGCGGAAACCUCCAAUUCACUAGAUGAAGAAAAUCUUGAAAUUAAGACGAAAAGCAUUGAACAAACAUUACUUCCUUUAGUAAAACAGAUUUCAACCUUAGUAUCACAUAGAGAGCGAAGUAUUUGUUCAGAAAGAUCACUUCGAGUUGUUGCGAGAGUUGGUCAAGCAGUGAAUGUUGCAGUUGAAAGAUUUGUCACCGUAGGUGAAAGUAUUGCAAGUGAUAUACCGGAACUUCGUGAUGACAUGAACAGAGCCUGUAAUCAAGCUAGAGCUGCUGGGAGUGCAAUAGAGAAGCUCUGUGAAUCUGCUGGAGAAGACUGUUUACGAGAACGUAGUGCUGUUGUUCGUGCUGCUAGAAAUCUUUUAACUUCUGUCACUAGAGUGCUCUUAUUAGCAGAUGUAGUAGUUGUCAGACAACUGUUGCUUGCAAAAGACAAGGUAGCUCGAAGCCUUGGUCGUUUGGAAGGAGUUUCGAACUUUACUGAGUUUGUUAAGGCAUUUUCACAAUUUGGAUUGGAGAUGGUUGAGUUGGCACAUCUGACUGGAGAUAGGCAGAAUGACAUGAAAGAUGAAAGACGUAGAGCACAAAUGGCAGCGGCUAGGCAAGUUUUAGAAAGAUCCACCAUGUUACUGCUUACAAGUUCAAAAACUUGUUUACGCCACCCUGACAGCUCAGCUUGUCGUGAAAACCGUGAUACUGUUUUCUGUCAGAUGAGACGUGCCAUGGAUCUGAUUCAUUUUGUUGUAAAAGAUGGUGUUUUUGAAGGAGAAAUGGCUGAGGAUUGGGAUGCUGGAAAAACUGUAUAUUCUGCAAUAAAGCAAUAUGAAUCUUUGGUGGAGAUGACUCGCCUUACUUUUGUUUCUGGUCAAAAUAAAGAUUCUCUUUUGUCUGCUCUUGACACUAUAGUGGAGAGAACACAAGACUUUACUGAUUCUGCUUACACUAGUCAUGAACACCGAGAAAACAUUUUAUUACUCUGUGAUAGAGCCAAAUUGCAGUUAAACCAACUUUUGAGAACUGGGUUAUGUUUGGAACAGGCUGAAGGUUAUUCACCUACUGAAGAAUUGGAAUGUGCUGUACAAAAUUGUCUAUCUGCUACCAGAGAUCUCUUUAAUCAAUUAGUUUCUACUACAAGGGAACAAACCUCUGAUCUCUUAAACAUUACUAAAGCUGGAUCUCAACUUGUGUCAGUUAUAACAAAUUCAGCACUUGCAUGUGAUGAGAUUCGUACUCAACAUAGUGCUCAAUGCUUUAAUCAACAUAUUGAGCAUAUUGUUGAGAUGUGCAAACUCCUGAGGCAUAUUGCUGCCACUGAAACUCUUCAGGUAUCAUCCAAGUAUACAGAAAUAAAUGUUCGAAUUUAUGGUCCACAAGUAGCUAUAGCAGCAACAACAUUAACUCAACACCCAAAUAGUAAAAUCGCUAAGGAAAACUUAGAAGUGUUUGCAGAUAUGUGGUACUCUAUAAUGAAUGAUGUUACCACUGUAUGUAAAGAAGUUUUAGAAGCUGUUAAAGUGCCAGAAAAACAAACAUACAUGUCAUUACCCAGGCCAGGAAAACAUGGUACAACAACUAAACCAUUGAAAGCAGUUCGUCUUGAUGUGGAGGAACAAGAAAAAAUAGCUAAAGCUGGAUUAGAAAUGAAAUUAGCUACAUCAGAAAUGGAGGCUGAAACAGAGAGGUGGCAAGAAGGUCCAAAUGGUGCUAUUGAUGAAAACAAUGAUAUUGUUAAAAGAGCUAGAAAUAUGUCAAGUAUGGCAUUCCGAAUGUAUCAGUUUACCAAGGGUAGUGGCCCUCUAAAAACUACACAAGAUUUGUUUACUCAAGCUGAAUAUUUUGCAGAAGAAGCUAAUAGACUAUACAAAAUUGUGAGACAGUUUUCUUACCAGGUUCCUGCUGGUGUUCACAAGAAAGAACUUUUAGAACAGCUUGAUCGUGUGCCAACUCAUGUGCAACAAUUACAGUUUACUGUCAAAAAUCCUACUGUUGGGAAAGCUGCUACAUUUACUAAAGUUGAUACUGUUAUUCAUGAAACAAAGAAUCUUAUGAGCGUUAUUUCAAAAGUUGUUACAACUUGCUUUGUCUGUGCAACAAAGUAUGAACCAUCAACUCCACCUCCUAGAGUAGCUAUUCCUUAUGGUUUUAUACCUUUUGAAGUUUUAGCAACACCAUUACUUCCUCAACGGGCCAGAACUCUUCCUCGAUAAGUAAAUCAUGUUCUUCUGACAUUAAAAGUAAUCAUUAACUAUUGUUUGAGGUUUGUUUUCUUAAUACUUUUUAACAAAUUAGUAGUUUUCAAUAACAUUUUUUUAGCUGCCAGUUUAACCAAUUUUUCAUUUGCUGAUUCUUAACAAUAACCAUGUAUAGAACUUUUAAGAAAAACUCAGGAAAAAAGAAAGAAAGAAGUUAAUACAAGGAAUAUAAUAAAUGAAAAUAUAGAUAAUUCGUUGAAAAAAAUUAUAGCAAUUUAAAUAGUAAAAUCUUAGUAAUUAAAAGAAUGCUAAUCAAGAAAAAAAUGUCAGAUAAUAAAAGAUAUACAUUUCCUAAAAAAAAGAAAAUUAUAAUAUUGAGUAGAAAUAAUAGAAAAUACAGAUAAAAGAAAAAAAAAUCAACUUUUUGGGUAUACAUUUGGGUACAUAAAUAUUAAAUAUAUUGAUAUAGAUGGAAUUAAAAAUGGGCAGGAUGUACAGUCAAAAAGUGUUUACACUCAUUCAUGCACAUCCUGGUUUAAUUUCCACCUAACUAUGAAAAAAUAAACAGAUUUAAUUUGUAUUAAUAUUAUCAAAUACAUAUACUACUGCCUUUGAAUAGAAUGCAUGAUUUUUAAAUUGUAAAUCAAACUCAAUCUUUAAAAUUCAGAAUUUGUAACCCAUUGAAACGUUCUUUAAAUCUUGUGCUAACAUUAACUAACAUAUAAAUGAAUGAUAUAUUUCCUUUGUAUUUUGAUUUUUAAUGUAUUUACAAAAAUUUAGCAUUUCUAAUAUCGACAAUAUCUAUUAUUAUCAUAUAAUAAAUUGACCACUAUAGCAGAUUAAAAUAUUACUCUCAUUACUAUACACUUAUUGGUAACUUGUAAGACUUAUAUCUAUUGAUAACUUUACACCUAUUAAUUGAGGGAUACAGUUUCAUAUUGUAGCUCAUAAAAUACUGCAUGCAAAUAAAAAAAAAUCAUAUUCCACAAGUAUACUGUGUUACAGUUUUCAUUUAAUGAAAUAAAUUGUUCCCUUCUAUAUAUAUAAUGUACUACAUUUUUAGUAGUGUAAGUUGAGAGAAAAAAAAAGUACAAAAAGCUACCUAAUUUUGAAUCUGCGAAGUCUUGGCUAAAAGAAAAAUCAAAAAGUUGUUUAUGGUUUAAAAGAGAUUUAUUAAAAUAUUGUUUUAUCUCAAUGCUGAAUAUAAAUAUGUUUCAAUUAAUCCUUCUAUAUUAAGGUUCAAUUUAUUUAUUUAGAAUUGAUGAUGACAGUUGGUUUGUUUUUUACAGUACACUCUUGAUUUACAAGGAGUGGGCUGGAAUGGAUCUGGUAGUGGAAGUGGUCGAGAAGAAGGAGGUUCUAGAGCUUGUGGUGACCAGAGUAAAGGAGGUUCUACAUCUAGCUCUGAUCCCGGCAUAUGACAGUUUGGGAUGGCCCGGAGGGCCAAAGGAGAUCCUCGUCGCACCAGGGUUUCAUUUUUGUUAUUUUAGUCUAUUUACUUUUUCAAAUUUUAAUUAUUAGUUUUGUUUUAUUGAUUUAAUUUUUCAAACUAGUCAUUUUAAUACUAAUCAUUUUAGAUCAGGUAUUAUUUAUUACUCAAUAGAAUUUAAAUAGUCUUUUAAAUAAAAGAUAAAUUUUAUUUUUGGGAUAAUCCAUAUAUUUAUUUAAUGUAUAUGUUUUUUAAUAAUUCGACAUUUUUUCUAUCAAUCAAUUGUGCCAAGUAAAAACAAAAUUACUUUUCAAACUCAUAUCAUAAUUAUAACUGUGAUCUUGUAAAUAUUAUUUUAUUGUUAUUUUAUUUAGUUUUUAAAAUGUAGCUUUUUAUGUAAUUUUAAGCUUUAAUAGUUAUAUCUUUAUGUUCUCUUAUCCGUAGAUGUUUUUAAUCUUCAUGUAUACACACACGUUUACAUGCAUAUUCACAUACACUUAUUUUUCAUCUAAACUUUUAUUUAUUAUCAUGCAACAUUAAUUUUUCAAAGCUGCUGGAGCUCAAUCAAAUGAUUAGUAAUCUGAUGUUGUAAAAAUAAUUGAUGCCAGUUUAUCAUGUAUUAUUCAAACAGCAAAAGUCUGAAAGUUUAAUUAAUUAUAAUAGAGAGUUGAGAAACAAAUUUCAGACAAUACAUUUAAUGGUUUUUUGCGUAUGUGCAUUAUAAGUGUGUGUAUUAUAUGUUUAGAAUGUAACAGAUACUUUUUUGAAUUAAAUAAUAACCAUUGUAUGGUUAAGUGCCUUAUUAUUGCAUAUUAGUUAUUUAGAAUUGUAGAGAUUAUUUAUUUCAUGAAAACAAAAAAGAUAAAGAAUUGGGAGUUUCAAAGAUGUAUAAUAAUCAUUGUUAGAACUUCUUAAGUUAUAUAAUUAAGUUCUUACUUCUUGAUAUUUGUCUCUUAUAGAUAUUUCAAGCAGCAUUAUAAUAUGGAACUGUUAGUUUAUGAAAUUAAUUAUUCCUGUAAUUUAACCAAUUAUCAUUUAAAUUUAAAGUGAAUCAUUUAAAUCGAUGAUUUAUAUUAUAUUUAUUCAUUGAACAAAAUAAUUUAUAGUUAUAAUUUUUAAACUGUAUUAUUUAUCUGAUUGAGGAUAAUUCAAUUUUAAAUAUUAAAUGUAUAUCAAACUGUUUUUAUUUUUAUUUUUUUUUUAUUAAGAACAGUGGAAUACAUAUGCGUAUAUUUAUUUCUUAAAAAAAAUACGUAAUCAAUAAAAACUUUAUAUUAGAUUUUAAAACUUGAUUACUUUGUGUGAUUUAUUCACAUAUAUUUAGUGGUUCUCAUUUCUUUGAGCUAAACCACAUUUGGUGUCUUC